CAUUCACUUUUGUCAUUGAGUUCCAUGUUAUAAAAUUGUUUAUAGUAUUUAAAAACCGUUCUAUUCUUUCAGCCACCAAGAUUUCCAUUGCUCUCAAAAGACUUCUACGCAAAAUGGUGUAAUCAUCAGAAAGAGGUUUAUUUCUACUCUAGUCUCUAGAUAUAGUAAUACUAAUAUGCAGUUUCUUGUAAAGUUCCAUAUUUUCAUUGACGGUCCAUGAAAAUAUGCAAGACGGUGCAAGAAAAACAAAAGUCACAGUAAUGUCACCGGAUAUAACCAAUACUCAUACCCACAGUUAACUUCCAUUUAAAUUGUUGUUUGUUUUACGACUUUACCGAAACAAAAUUUAGAUUAGGACAUGCUUCAGAGCUCACACUCGUCAUAAAAUUUAAUAUUGGUUAUUUAAAUGGGUAUUAGAAGACAAUUGUAUGACUGAUGAUGAUGAAUGUUUAGCUGCAAAUGACGACAUAUCGAGUGGACGACAGCCCUCCGGGUCUGUUCCCGGAGUUGUACCUGAAGCCUCGCCGGUUGGAUUACUACGCACGUCAGCUUGAGGAGAAUAUGAAUGUUAACAAAGAGUUGCUCAAGAGGAUCAACCUCAUACAGAGAACCGGAGGUUUUGUAGACUGCUGGGUCCAUCCAGAGCCCACCAAUACGUACAACAAGCUGCUUUGUAAACAACGACAACGAAAUCUCAACGAAAUAAGGCGAUCCAAUCUCUAUUUUUAUUCCAGACUUCUUAUAGCAAGGUCUGAACAGUUGCUCACAAAAGAGUUGGACGAAUUAUGGAAAGACACCAAACAUAAACUGAUCUUAGGAGCAUCACUACCAUUUAUUUUAUUCAAAACUGAAAAAAUUGACCGUGAUAUAAGAGACCCCGCUUUCGAUAAGCCUUCUGGAUUUAUUAGAAAUAAAGUUUCCAUGGAAAUUUGGGUUCUUGGUGGAUCGAAAAUCGGAAAAGUGGUAAUCGAACUGUUUAAUGACUUGGUACCAAGAACAUGUCAACUGUUUCUGAAUCUGAUCAAAGGAGACGCUGCAGGACACGCGUACAUGGGCACUAGAUUUUUUAGGAUUGUGCCUAACCUGUAUUGCCGUGGUGGUGACGUUACCAAGGACAAUGGGUUCGGUAUGUAUAUUCCUGAGGGCACCACGGAACCAAUGACCGCAGAGGGAUUUGACCUCAACCACAGCGUCCCCGGAGUUUUGUCUAUGGCUGUAACAUCAGAUGGGGAAGUGAGUGGACAGUUCAACAUAAUAUUUAAACCGCUACCGCAAUUUGAUGGAAAACAUGUGGUUUUUGGUAGAAUAAUCGCUGGACCGACACAAACUUUGGAGCGUAUCAGCGCACUAGGGCUGCCCCUUGGCACGACUACCUCCGACUGUAUGAUCCGUUACUGCGGCUGGUUCACCCGCACUGGCAUAUACCGUGAAGGGAAAUCCAACACUAUUAAAUUCCCUCCCAGGAGGAAGCAGAAAUCUUAAAUAUUUACAUUAAUUCAAUGUAGCCAACAUUCCGGCGUCUGUUGGUAUUGGAGUUACGUUCAAACCAAUAAAAUACAAUAUAAUGCAGAUCGUCCUGUUUUGAAUCCAUUACCUAUCUAGCCCUGGAAUUCAAUGCGCUAUAUUGAAAUUUACACUAUCUAUUGAAAUUAAUCAUAUAUGUAAAUCAGUCAUUAAAGUGAGAUAACGAUUCAAGUUUUUUAAUAAUUUGUUUAUUAUAUACAAAAAUAAUAGAACUGUCUAAAUCAGUGUUAUUAUAAGAAACGCUAUUGCUAUUCACGUUUUGCAGAAUAAUUGUUUAUUUUUCUUCUUUAAUUUUUAUUAGGUUGGUCGCGGAAAAUGUAAGGAACUUUGAUAGCCCUGUUCUUAUAUGAUUCUUCGUUACUAUGCGUUGUACCAUAGGAGUCAUAGGUGAUAUUUCACGAAGAUUUAGAGUGUAUUUUAAUUAAAACAAAGUCACAUGGAUAAUUUAAAAAAUCUUUUUAAUUCUAUCUACUGAUACUGAUCAACACGCACACAAGAAGUUUGAUACGUCUCAAAAUACUGAGCCGAUUAAAUUAAUUCAAAGU